CUCCCUCUCCUUUUUGUCAUCUGCAGAAGUUCUUGCAAAAGCUAUCUAUCUCGAGCAUCUCGUUCUUUCCUUUAGUUCAGCGAACGUUCGAAAGAAAUGUCGCUUAUCCCUCGCGGCUGGGGUUUUGGGUCGAGCAUCUUCGAUCCCUGGGAUUCUUUCGAGGGCUUCCCCUUCAACAGCUCCCUCUCUUCCUUCCCUCGUCCGUCCUUUCCUAGCGAGUCGUCCGCCUUCGCCAACGCCCGCAUCGACUGGAAGGAGACCCCAGAGGCCCACGUCUUCAAGGCUGACCUCCCUGGCCUCAAGAAGGAGGAGGUGAAGGUCGAGGUGGAGGAGGGAAAUGUUCUCCAGAUCAGCGGCGAGCGGAGCCGGGAGCAAGAGGAGAAGACCGAUACGUGGCAUCGCGUCGAGAGGAGCAGCGGCAAGUUCUUGAGGCGGUUCCGGCUCCCGGAAAACGCGAAGAUGGACCGGGUGAAGGCGGCCAUGGAGAACGGAGUGCUCACGGUGACUGUUCCCAAGGAGGAGGUCAAGAAGCUCGAGGUGAGAUCCAUUGAGAUCUCCGGCUGAGGGUCCUUUAGAGGUUUAAGGUCUAGUGCAGGCGUCCUGUUUGUCUUUUGUCCUCAGAUAAGUGUGAUGGGUCGUUUGUUGCUUUUACUUAUUGGUGUGUUAUGGGAUCUUUUCAUCUCAGCAUCUAUGUCCGCCUGCUGUGUCAUCCUUGGUGAGGGGUUUUGUCUUUCUGGAAUAUCGGUUGCAACCUAUGAAAGUUUUUAAUGUGAAUAAAUGCUGCUGUCUUUUUCUUGAUAGUGGUUUAAGUGUUCUGUUUUUUUU